UCCCGCCCGAUCCAUCACGCAGACAAGCAGAAGAACUCGCUUUCUUGCACGCACACGCACUCCUUCGCCGCGGCGCGCAUGCAGCCGCUCAUGCUUCCGCCGUGACGAAUCUCGCUAUAAGACCACCGCCCGAGCGCGCGCUUGAUCCAUCGGGUGUUCCCAGCGAUUCCAAGCUACUCCGGAGCGUAGCAAUGGCGGCCGGACGAAGGGGUGCGCUUAGCGUCGUGGUGGUGAUGGUAGCGGCCUUGGCGCCGUUCCUCCUACUCGCCGGCGUGGCGCGCGCCGACUGCUUCGCCUACUGCUUCAAGAACUGCAUCGGCAAGGACAAAUCCAUGACCGACUACUGCAACUACGCCUGUGACAAGACCUGCGACCCAGGCGCGCCCCAGCGGCCUUUAGCUGCUGCCGCCGCCGGCAGCGACAUGGGAUGCCAGCUCUCCUGCGCCAGGUCUUCGUGCAACCGUCUGGCCCCAGAUUGCAAGGCCGUGGAGACCUGCUUCGGCGCGUGCUACGACGGCUGCAAGACCAAGCCCCUGCCGAGGCCUCUCCGCGCCGGCGCCGGCGGCAGCGUGUCCGCCGCGUCGUCAGGCCCGAUGUUCACAUCAUCCGAGCCGGACAAGGAUGACGCCGCGACCGAGAAGCACCCUUUCCACGAGAAACAGGACGACGUCCGGCCAUCCUCGGGGGCGCCCGACCAGGACGGCUCCGGCCAUGCGAUCAAGGCAUCCAGCAGCCUGAACUGCAACUUCCACGAGAAGCAGGACGGCGUCCAACCCGCGUCAGAGCAGCAACGCACACCGUUAUCGGAAAUCCAUGCUGCACCCCCGGGACCUCUGUAACAUCAAAAGCGACCAGCCCCGAUGGCGAUCAAUCGUGUAAGCUAGCUGAUAUAGUAUGUAACUAGAGAAAAAUGAGCACAUGCAUGAAAUCCCUCUAUAUGUUUACGCCCGCUGAAUAAAGUGGGAAAGGGCGUAUUAAUGUGCCCGUGGCUGUCA